CGUCAUCCUUUGUACAAGACGAGGAGUCUCCUUCCUCUCAACACAAUCACCACAACACACGUCACAAAAUCUGCCGUUCCGUAGACUUCCAACCUAUUCCGGAACCACAAGUCAAAUCCUGCAGUACAUCGCAUAACCCUCGACCCCUUUCACGAACAAAUCAACACACCAAACGACCCCGCCAAACGAUGAACUUCCUACACAGCACCCUCGAUAAGGUGCGAGAGUGGGCUCCCGUCUCACACACCUCGACCUUCCGUCAAAAUGGACAGAUCACACCAGAAGAGUUCGUGGCAGCGGGCGAUUAUCUGGUCUACAUGUUUCCGACCUGGUCGUGGGCUGAUGCUUCUCCAACAAGCAAGCGAGUGAGCUACCUUCCCGAGGGCAAGCAGUUCCUGGUGACUCGAGGUGUCCCAUGUCACCGCAGACUCGACGAGAACUUCGCAGGAGAUGCUGGUCAGGAUGAGGCCAUGGUCGGCGAUGGAGAAGACUUCAAGAACCCGGGUGGACAUUCACCGGGCGAUGAUGAAGAUGGUUGGCUACGAACUGGCGGUCUCGCGGCAAGUCAGGAAGCACGCGCCCGGGAUGUGAGAACAGUGGAUGAGAGUGGAAACAUGGGUGAGAGAGAAGAGGACGAGGACGAGAUCCCAGAUAUGGAGGACGAUGAUGAUGAGGAUGCCAUCAUCCGAGAUCCAAAGGCUGAUGGUGCUGAUUCGUAUGUACAACCCAAAAGACUUCACACUUACAUACGACCAUGCUAACCAUAUAUUUGAUGCAGAUCCCGUCGAACAUACACCCUCUACAUCGCAUAUACACCCUACUACCGAACUCCAAGACUCUACCUUUCGGGAUACCUCGCCAACUCUCAGCCACUUGAUCCACAACUCAUGAUGGAAGAUAUUGUUGGAGACUACAAGGACAAGACAGUUACUUUAGAGGACUUCCCAUACUUCAGCAAUAACAUCAAGAUGGCCUCUGUUCAUCCUUGCAAACACGCAAGCGUCAUGAAGACCCUUCUAGAUCGAGCCGAUGCAGCACUCAAAAUCAGAAGAGAGAAGAUGCGAAAAGGCAAGAUUGCGACGGGCGCUAAGGAUGUUGGUAUGGAAGGCUUGGUUGAUGAUUUCGGCAAGACAACCUUGAGUGACGAAGGUAAGAAAGCGGUGGCUGAGGGAAUGAAGGCCGGGGGAAACGGAAACGAUGAAUGGGAAGUGUUGCAACAUGAGGCCCCGGAUCUUGAUGAAGAGGUAGCAAUUCGGGUUGAUCAAUACCUGAUUGUCUUCUUGAAGGUAGGUUUUCCUAUAUGCAGUACUCGAAAUAUAUAUGCUAAUCUCAACAGUUUAUGGCAAGUGUCACGCCAGGUAUCGAGCAUGACUUUACGAUGGGUGUAUGAGAGGGAUACCUUCUUUCGGAGUUUGUACGGGAGGCACGGCUAGGGUAUAUCAUGACUUGAUACGGCAGGGAGGUAAUAUUGUUG